CUGGACAUUGCAUAGGCCUCGUUGGCCAACCGCAUAUCAUCUAACCUUUGAUCAUGUACAAUGCAUCAUGGCUCGGCACCGGAGUGGCUGUGGCAGCGGACACGCGCUCGAAAUUCUGCAAGCGUGUGAGAUAGCCGACCCGCGUGGAUUUGACGAUCCCAUCACGCUCUUGUCCGUAGAGCCUGCGAUCGUAAACGACGAAUUAAAUCUACGGAUUCAACAAUGGAUAGUGUUUGCAAGCAGACAUCUCGAGAAGUCUGUCGAAUUACAGCAAUUGAGUAUCUGCAAUCACUUCAACAACGACGAUGAUACACUCGGGCCUAUCCUCGAGUGUAAAAUACGACAUCGCGAAACUCGUCAAGGCUACGCGACAUGUCACCCUUAUUUACGGUGCCCCAGAUGCCACAUCGAGUUCAACAUCCGAACGCGAGAUCUAGGCGUCGACGGUAGCGCUGUCAUCAUCACAAAAUGGGUCCGCUUAGGCCGUGGAUUAUCACCGACUGAUCCACAUUGGCAUUUGAAUGCCUGGGAAUCCGCGUUCAUGCAGAGGAACGUCCCGGAACAAGCUACUGACGACGGAUCCCUACAUGCACGCUUUGAGCGGCAGGCGACGAUGGGAAUUGAUGCUCUCUUCCCAGAGUACAUGUCACUACUACGCGGCAAAAGCUACCGCCGAGCUCUGCUACACUCCUACAAAUCGAGCGAUCCUGACCUGGGCGAUGUCUGGAUUCGAUCCCCUCGAGUGGAGGGCAACGCUCACUACUACAACAACUACCCCUAUGCAAUUUACUGAAGCGAUGAAUAUUUUCGAAAAGUAGACAAACAGCAAAGAGCCGGAUGUUAUGCGUAUGCAGAGAAAUCCCCCUACUCCGGGCAACGGCGGCGAUCAGUAUUGAUCGAGUGCGGUUUUCUGUCCGUCGACAACUCGGAAAUUUACCUACAUCUGUGGGAUUGGUCGUGCUCGAAAAGAAUCCCAGCACAUGCCCCGUGCGUCCAGAAGAAUGAUCCAAGG